AGGGUUUUGUUUCUCUCCAGCCUCUCUCGCGGCGAUUGUUGCCGUCGUCGAUACUUGGCCGAUUUCGCACCGAUUUCCGGUAAAAUCGGAGCCUAAUCGAUCUUUGCUUCGUUCUCUGCUAUCCCUUCUCGUUAUUCCUUUUAUUUUCCUCUUCUUUUUGCCGAUACACCAUCUUUAGGGCGACAAAGAUCUCCGACGAUCUCGAGGCCACAUCCGACUUCUCCGAUUGAUUUCGCCUCACCCAUCUGGUGUUUCAUCGUUUCCUCUUUCUCCCAAAGCCGUAGUCUUUCUAUUACGAAGGCAAAGCGAUUAUGUCUAAUGAAGAGUUUGAUAACCUUAAAGAAGAGUUGAUGUGGGAAGGAAGCAGUGUUGUUAUGCUAAGUUCUGAUGAACAAAGAUUUCUUGAGGCUUCAAUGGCUUAUGUCUCUGGAAACCCAAUCUUGAGUGAUGAAGAGUAUGAUAAGCUCAAAAUGAAACUAAAGGUUUACAGUGAUCUUGCCAUUGAUUACUUCAAAAUGUUCUUGUUGAAUGUACCUGCAACUGUUGUUGCUGAAAAGGACUAUUUUUCUUCCUUGAUGACAUUACGGGUUUUGAAAUCACUCACCAAACUGAUCCUCAAAGACUUCUUGAUCUUGAAGAAAUGGAUUAACCUGGAGCCUAUGAACCCUACUUCAAAGACAACCAGCUCUAACAAAAGAAAAGCCGAUGAUGCUGCACCAUCUUCCGGAUCAAAUCUUGGUGAGCAAGAGAGUAGGCCUCCUGGUAUAAAGGCAAUGAAAGCCAAGAGGAACAAAGGUAAAGACAAGGUCGGACCAGCUUUGGCGUCUGAUAACAUGUGGGAGAAGAAAGAGAAGGAUAUGAUGAUGAGGGAAAAACUCCAAAAGAUGGCUGUUUACAACACUCUCCUUGCCAAGAGUGACACACUGGAUGAAGAUGAAAAAGUCCUUAAGAAGAAGCUAAUGUCUGAGCUGUUUUAAUUUAGGCAAAACUUAGUUAAUUUACCUUUGUAUUGAUGUCUGUUUUAACUAUGUUUGUCUGAGAUGUUUCUGUUAGGUAAUUUUAAUGGCUGUGAUGUCUGUUUUAACUUAGUUAAUUUACCUUUGUAUUGAUCUCUGUCUUUAUUUCCAGUUUCUGAUUUGCUUGCAAACUUCUCUCUGUGUUGUUGGUUUCUCUUUGAUUCUCUUUACAUUGUUGAAUGCUUGAAAAGGAAUGUUCUUGAUCUUAAAAUGACAUUGUUGAAUUAGCUGAGAAGUUUGAUGUUGUUGAAAAGGAAUGUUCUUGAUCUUAAAAUGACAUUUCUUUUGAAUCUCUCUUUGUGUGCAGAUGCGAUAAUGAUAAGUAAUGAUAGCGAUGCUGAACCUGAUAGGCAUCCUCCAAUUGAGAGUAACAUAAGCUCUCAUCGGUCUGUUGAUAGAAACCAAGAAGAAGACAUGGGACUUGACUCUAUGUAUUUAAGCUUUACUUUGUAUUGAUGUAAUCGAGUAUGUAAUGUUAAGAAAGUCAGAUGUGUUUG